GAAGAUGAACUGGGGUUUCCUGGAGAAUGUCCUUAGUGGGGUUAACAAGUACUCCACUGGAAUUGGGCGAAUCUGGCUCUCUGUGGUGUUCCUCUUCAGGAUCUUGGUGUAUGUGGCAGCAGCCGAGCAGGUGUGGAAGGAUGAGCAGAAGGAUUUUGUUUGUAACACACAGCAGCCCGGCUGCGAGAACGCCUGCUUCGACCACUUCUUCCCCAUUUCACAGGUACGUCUCUGGGCUCUGCAGCUCAUCGUGGUGUCGACCCCUUCGCUGCUGGUGGCCCUUCAUGUGGGCUACAGGGAGCACCGGGAGGCUAAACACAAGAAAAAACUGUACCGGGACAAGGGGAGCAUCGAUGGAGGUCUUUUCUGCACCUACACUGUGAGCCUGAUUUUCAAGAUAGCCUUUGAGGUGGGCUCCCUGCUUGCUUUCUACUUCCUGUACAAUGGCUUUGAGGUCCCCAUCCUGCUGCAGUGCAGCCAGAGCCCAUGUCCCAAUACAGUGGACUGUUUCAUUGCAAAAGCCACAGAGAAGAAGAUCUUUCUCUACAUCAUGGGUUGCACCUCCAUUCUGUGCACUGUGUUGAACUUCGUGGAGCUCAUGUACAUUGUGUGGAAACAGCUGUGGAAAUGUUUCAGUAGGCGGUAUAUCCGCAUGGAAAAGAAGGCCUUCAGCCACAGCCAGCCAUCUGUUUCCAUUGUAAACAGGUUCACUCCAGCUCAGCCGGCAGCAAACACUGAGGUUUGCAGCACUCAGCCCGCAGCUGCUCAUGAAAACCUGCCUGACCAGUCCUAGAGGCCUGGGACUGGCCUUCAUC